AUGAAAAAUAUUGCUAUCUUCUACUUUCAUAUAAUCUUUUUACUAAGCAUCUCAUAUGCCGUCAAAUAUAUCAAAGGUCCUAAAGGUCCACGAGGCGACCCUGGGCCACCAGGUAAACCAGGUGUUGUAGGACCUAAAGGUCUUCAAGGAAUGACCGGAAAACCGGGCAUGAAAGGCCCUCGAGGUCCAAAGGGCGAUCCCGACAAGGUGAACUGA